AUGGGAACGAAUGCCGAUGACGUUCCCGCAGCUAGCGUCGUCAAUCUCGAAAAGACGCCGGCGGACGCUAGUGCAGCCACCAACACCAGUGUAGGGGACGCUCCCCCGGUAGCCUUCUUCUUCACCACGUUAACGACGGACCCAGUGGCCAUGUACCGGUGCAACGUGUGCGGCAAGACAUAUGCAGGUCGUACGUCUUUGGCCCGCCACGCCCUCAACCACCAGAAGCAGAAGCAGCACAUUUGCGAAACCUGCGGCGUCGUCUUCUACAGGCGGGACUUGCUCUCCCGACACCUGAAGCUACACACCCGCGCACCCUCCGCUUCUGGCGGCGGCUCCGCCCAGUCCGCCGGGUCCGGAGAAGGGAACCCGGAGCCCCGGAAGCGCUGUCACACGGCGUGCAACCGAUGUCGCGAACUUCGCAUACGCUGCAGUGGCGCGAGUCCCUGCGAAGCCUGUUUCAAGGCCGACCAGCCAUGCGAAUAUGAUGGCCCGUCCCGCCGGCUCAGCCACCUCCCCGCCCGGCUUCCGACCGCAGAUAGAGAGGUCGACAGCAGCACGGGGCCGAAAGACAUGGACUGUUCUCGGCAAAGCUUCGACUACGAGGGUAACCCGGAAGCCUCCAGCUCCAUCCUCCUCGCGUCCCCCGACGACGCCGGCCCAGACCACCCCGCUAUAUCUGCUCCUUCCGACACGACACUCCGGGCACCCGCACCGCCGCUCCCGAACCUGCCGGCCACGGAGUGCCACGCCAUGGUAAACGUGAACAACGUGGAGGCCCUCGACGCGAUGGAUCUCGAGCUGCACCCCCAGCACGUCGACCCCGUCUUCUGGCCCUGGCUGCACGAAAAUCUGUACCUGCCCAGCAGUUACGACGAGCUAAUAUUCGGCACGUUGCAAGGUCCGGGCCUGCUCAACGCGCCGCCGCCCGGGGACAGCGCGGCGGGUCGGGGCCGCAGCCGCCUACUCACGCAGCGGCUCCACGGCGAGGUAUACACCCGGGUGGACCACUCCGAGGGGCCAGGGGCCGGCGGUCCCGGCAUGACACCGCACACCCACGCCCACAUCGGCGAGGCGCUACCUCCCAAUAACAACGCCGACGACGACAACGGUAACAACGGCGGACCCUAUCCCAAAGACGCCUCACGGCGCUCGGACUCCUCCUACGCAGGCCACGCGGGCCGCAUACGAGUCGUAGACGAAUUGGUCGGAUUCGCCUCGUGCUACCGCGGGGAGCGACCCGGCACCACGGCCAACCACGCAGCGCACUGGCGCGCCAUGUCGUACAAGGUCAAGGAAGCCUUCGAGAUCCACGCGGACGCCGCGCCGGCCGACACCCCGCUGCUCGACCACUUCGUGCACCUCUUCGUCCAGCACUUCGAGCCCCUGUGGCCGCUCUUCAGCCCGCAGACGCUCGACAUCCACCAACUCCACCCGCUCCUCUACCUCGUGCUCACGACCAUCGGCGCCAUGUACCACGACGACGACCCGGGCUCCGCCGCCUACGGCAACAUGAUGCACGGCAGCGCGCGGACCUGCCUCAUGAGCCCCCUCGAGCUCGACAGUCCCGACGGCGACCUCGUCUGGCUCGCCCAGGCCCGCGUGUCCACCCAGAUGGCCACCCUCUACUUUGGCCAGCCCCGCGCCUUCUCCUACGCCCAGCACCUCGGCGCCCUGCUCGCGGCGCAGGCCCGCCGCAUGGACCUCUUCUCCGACGCCUACGCCAAGCGCGGCGCCGCCGAUUUCCGCAACCCCGUCGCCUCGGACCAGGACCGCCUCCACGCCUGGCUGCGCCUCGAGACCCGCCGCCGCCUCGCUUUCGCCAUUUUCCGCGCCGAGUCCUACACCAGCGUCCUUCUCCACGCCCGGCCGCUCGUCUGGCUCGGCGAGAUCGACUUGGCGUUCCCUUCGUGCGAGACUGUCUGGCGCAGCGAGAAGCUCCCGCCCCGCCUGUGCCUGCAGCUCAUCGAGAACGAUAGGACCCCCGGCCGCGACCUCCGCGCCUCCGACGAGAUGCUCCUCGGCGACGACAGUGAGGAGACUCGUUUCCCCACCGCCUCUGCUGCGGCUACCUCCGCCCUCCAGCUGGACGGGAGCGUCACGGCAGGAUCAGCCACCGGGAUCCCGAGCCCCGGCAUGUCCAGCAUCGGCGCAGAGAGCACGCAAAGCCAAAGCCAGAGCAACAACCACAACCACCAGCAGCAGCAGCAGCAGCAGCAGCGAACAACGCUCCUCGCCACCAACGCCCGCCCCCUCAACCUCCCUCCUCACCCCUGGUCCGAGGUAGAGCGCCUCGAAAGCGCGCCCCGACGCAUGGCCGACAUGGCCGCCGGGCACGCGCGGCUCCUACGCGCGUGGCAAAAAUGGGAAGCCGGCGUGCCCUGGGUCAAGUCCCUCGUCCGCACCGACGCGGACCGCAGCAGCCUCAUGAGCAGCCUCCUAUUCUACCACCUCGCCUUCGUCCACCUCAGCUGCCCCGUCUCCAGCCUGCACCAGAUCCAGUACGGGCUCGCCGACGGCCGCGCCCCGGAGCCGGACCACCUCGCCCUGGCAUACCGAUGGGCUCGCUCCUCCCGGGGCCGGCUCACCGCCGAGAGGGCCAUGUCCAUCUGCUCGCUCAUCGGGAAGCAAGGGCCCGAUGCCCGGCGGAGGCGCGCCGCCGACGUCAAGUUCAACCUGCUGGCCUACAUCGCGCUGCACCGCGCCAUCGUGGUCCUCUGGGCCUUUGCGGGCGCCAGCGAUUCGGGCAACGGGCUAGGCCCCGCCGCGGGUACGGGAGGGUGGAGGCGGGCUCACGCUGGAGGUGUGGGGGUCGCCGAGAUCCCGGUGAACCGGGAAAAUAGCGCGAGCAUGAUACGUUGCCUCAACUCGUAUUCGCCCCCGUGCCCCGCGUCACCCCCGCACAUACGCCACCAACUCGGCAUCCGUAAACCCCUGCACGCUCUCCCCGGCUUCCUUCUCCGCCGCCCGAGGGAGCAGCGCACGCAAGACGGGGCCCAUCUCGGCGACGAGUUCCGCGAUCAAAGUUUCUCGCGGCCCACCAUCGAGCAGCUCCCCGUUCUUGCAGCGAAAGAUGGCAGUCAGCGGGUUGAUCACCGCGUUGGCAGCCAGCUUUCGGAGCUGGGCUUGCCGUAA